AUCAUGCCCCGGGUCUUGCAGUCGGUGGAGACGGAGAUGCGCCUGGCUCUCGUGAGGUUAUCGUUGCCUCACGUGUGCAUGACGUGCGAGCUCCAAAUGACGUCACCGGCUGGCAAGAUGGCAGCUCCCGUAUCCGGGAUACUUGGGCUUCAUUUUUCUACAGUGGGAGGAAGUGGAGGCGCGGCGUCCAUCUUUAUAUGUAGUCCAUGAUUGGGACAUACUAAGUGUUUUUUUCUGGGAUACCAAAUAGCUUGGGUAUUGGAUCGCAGCCAAAAAUAUAUUCAGAGACGGGUUCUUUGAUUUACUUCACCGGAACCGGAAUAUGUAAUGUUUGAGCGGAUGUUCAAACGCUGCCAAGGUUGAGUAACUACUGUACGCGCUUCGUAUGGCGUCAAUAAAGGGAGAUACAGGCCUACACAACAACACAAGAGCGUUAUUUAACCGAAAUAAAGAGGCCGUGGGUUAAAAAAAACACUGCCUGGCGAACGUAAACUCAAAAGAAGUCUGAAAUGGAUUAGCUACGUUGAAUACAACCUAUGUAACAGACCGGAAGUUUGGUGUAACGGAUGCGAUGGGGAACGGGAGCCGAGAGGGGAAGCGUGAAAACACGUCCGGUGCACAUUAAACGGAGGCUCAUUUAGUCGAUUAAUGACCGCGGCGAGGAUUUAGGCAGCCUCCCGUCGUUGUGACGACAAAAAUGACCAGCGUGCUUUGACGUUACGUCGUGGCUUUGUCGUUAGCAUGUCCCAGGUGUGGUUCCGUAUCGCGUUUCGUUAAAGCUGCUGUCGUCGCUGCACUUCACGGCCAUGUAUCCCGCAGUCAAAGACACGGAUGCGGCUCACAGUGGGACCGGUGUCUUCUACCAGGCAAUGCCUGCUGUUGGAGCCGAUGGAAAGAACAUCAUGAAACUGAUUCCCGUACAGAUGAUCAACGGACAGUUUUUCCAAAUUCAAAUAAGCAAACCCAAAACAGAUCCUCCGCCCCAGAAAGCUGCGAGCGUAAAUAUUCCCUCCGCACCUGUUCAGAUGGUAAAAAAGGCGGCUUUGAAUCCUUCUGCCACUCAUCAGAUUGUCAGGAAGCAGGUUUCCCUCAUGAAUGCCUCGCCCAAUCAAGUAGGUUUGGAUCACGCUUAUUCACGAGACAAGCGUCCGUUACAGCAGCAGACUGUACAGUCAAAGGGCAGAGUACCUCAGAUGGCAACACCUGCAACAGACUGUGGGAAGCCGGUGAGACUUCCGAGGCAGCUCCCGGUGACAGUGAAAUCUCCAGCGCUCCCCAGAGGGCAGUACCUUCAGAUCCCCCCUAAUGCACACGUCCGGACAGUCCCGGCGUCUGAACUCCCUCCGAGUAUCAAGAAACAGAUUUUUACUUCGGCAGCCGGCUCCUCUCCAGUUUCAGGCUUACCCAGCGUGGUCUACGUGUCGCCGAUCACGACCGUGAAUCAGGCCGUUACUCCACCGAGUCAGUCUGCACUUCCCUCACUCCAGCUGCUUUCCAAGACACCAAAUGUAACUUCGUGCGAAUCCCCGUCAAAAGGAUCAAAGCCAUGUUUAAAGUUGAUUCCAAAUGUUUCCCAAAGGUCCAGCAGCCCCAUAAGGUGGGUGAUUGAAGAAGAGGACAGCUCGACGGCCCCGACUCCGCAUCCUGUUCAUUCUCCUUCUGUUACUUCAGAGAUUCUUCGGGCUGUGGCCGAGAGAGAAAACGCUAACAAGCGCUGUGACGUCAUUCAGAAACCAGCUUCUCAGCCGAGUCGGGGCAAAGGUGGACAAGGGCAGGAAAACGCCUUGGUCAUGUGCAACGGGAAGGUGUUUUUUGUGGCCAAAAAGUGCAGCCUAUCACUUAAAAUGGGGAAAAGCGACGCACCCACAGCGGCAACAAAAAGUUACGAAUUCAACAAAACCAUCGCACCUUCAUCCCAACAAUCACUUGAGUCAGUCGCACCUCAGAUAAAGCAGGACUUCAGGAUUAUCAUUCCAGACGAGUCCGACGAAGUGAUUGACCUUUGUGAUGAUGAUGCUCAGGACGACUCGUCUCAACAAGCAGCAUCAGCUAAUAUGGCAGCAGUCACUCCUCUGGAUGAAGACAAUGUCAUAUUUGUGUCAUACAUUCCACCCAAAUCUGCGUCUGCAUCGACACGAGACCUGAUGCUAAAAACACAAAGGGCACUUGUGAAGGAGACGGGCCAGACGGGCACAAGCAGCUCGAACGGACUGACAGAACAAGAGAGCCUGGGUGGUACGACAGCCGGUGAUGGCGGACGUGAAAUCUCCGCACUUAGAGGCAGAAAAGCCGGCCAGGAGACGUUAGUCAGCGCAGUCCGAAAGGCUACGCGCGUCUGUGGCUCGGCAGUGACGAACGUGCACGAUAAUGAGGCCGCCCAGCAGCUGGAGAGCACGGACGGCGGUGUAGAAACAGGAAGUCCGGCCGAUCCCAGCCCCGCCGACAGCAGCGGUGGAAUACGCUCUCCAGUAGAGAAGGACGCCCACAGCGUGGAGAGCUGUCUGAGUCCCGCAACAAGCUGGACAUCUCGGCUGGCACCAAAAUCCCGUCAAACGGACGACCGCCUGCUGAGGCAGAUAUUUGGGAUAACAGCCGAUGUGAAAAUACGCGUGCAGAGGAUCGAUGAAGCCUCGGCUGGGUCUGUCCCUGCAGAGCCUCUACAGAGCGAGUCCACAAGGCCAGCGGAGGAUCAGCAGCUGAGCGGGCUGGAAGAGAGGGAACGUUUUUCACGGGACCUUCACAGUCCACCAGAAACCGACAGCUACAACGGUCUCAGCAAUGUGAGAAGAGCGAGCGUACCGACUGAGCAGGAAGACCCGCCCGCUCCAAGUCCUCACACGGAUAUCGGACCUCUCAAAUGUUCCCAUUUCAAACUCAACACUAAAACUCUCUCUGCUUUGAAGAAUAAGUGCCAUUCAGGUCAAAGUUCACUCAAGGGAACACCAUGUGAUGUUGAAACCGAGCCAGUGAUUGGCUACGUGGAACCCAUAGAUGAGGAUUUCCUCAGCACCGAUGAAAACGACAUCCCCAACUCGCAGGACGCAGCAGCCCGGCCACAGACGCAGACUCGCGUGGAUCUGAGUACAGACACAAGCAGGAUGGGAAGAACAAGGAAACGCACAAUGUGCCCAUGUUGCAUCCCUGGUACUCAAGGUCCUGCAGUGAAGUCCAGCGCAACGUCAGAAGAGCCAGAGAUGAAGUGGGCAUGGACGGCAGAGGAGACGAGUAAGAAAGGGAGAAGAAGAAAGUCUGUAAGAAAAGACGUAAAAACAUCUGGACGGAUCAGCUGUCUAGCAGCCAAGACCCAGCAGAACUGUAAGACGUAUCAGGUGCCGGCCAGUUUAACGUCCGUGGACUCUGAGGAGCUCAAACGACAUGAACAGAUCAAAAGACUCAAAGAGCUUCUGAAAGAGAAAGAGGCAGCUUUAGAGCUCAUGAGAAACACAUGAGGCCGAAACUCGAAUAUUCUAACAUAGAAGUUUUGGAUUUAUUUUUAGUGUAUAAUUCGUUAUUGCUUCUAUUUAUUAUCGGACUAACACAAGUAUCAUGUUGGCUUCGGCUCUGUGUCGUGGCGGUACGCAGGUGUGUGCAGCGGAGCGUCCACAGCUGGCAGCAACGAGACUGAGAAGUUGUAGUUCGUGUAGUGUCAGGUGUCGGUAUCGGUGUCCUAUCACAGGGACUGUAGGCAGAAUAUUCAUCAUACGGCCAGAAAACACCACCACCACGGCCAGUUUACCGCCGUGACGCCAGCGGCCAUUGUCGUCUUCUUCUUCUUCUGAAGAAGAAGUGCUUUAUUAAUGCCUCUUGGGUUGUAUUGAUUGAACCACACGAGCAUCACUGGAAAGCUUUAUGUGCUCCUGGUGCGACAGCGGCGUGUCGGACGAGGAGACAGCAGAAAGCUCUUCAUCACGGUGAGACGUGCUCAGUGGGGUUCACUGUGCAAACACUGUACGAGCAUAUCUAAUGUGAGAAACUGAAGGGCGACUAAAUGCCUCUGAUUUACAGUUAGUCACUAAAAAGCAUUUUCUAUUUUAUCGUUGUGAAAAUUGUAUGAUUGUCUUAAGAAAAGGAGUUAUUAAAUGUAAUUCUAAUGCUAUAUUCAUAUUGGUUGAAAUGGUUCAUGUGAUCUUUUGUGAGCUGUAGACAGCAACGCUGACUGCGUAGUGUUUGGGUGGAGUUUUAUUAUUAUUGUGUUUUGGUCCAACGCUUUCCUCAACAGCUCAACAGCUGCUGGCCAGGUUUCCAUGGGUUUAUAUGGGUGUGGAUAUUCAUCAUUCAUCUUUUUGAUAACCCUGAUAAAAUCAAAAUGUCUUCCUGUCAUGGUCGCCAUUAGAAAUGUCACAUUACAGAGCCACACUCCUGUUUAAAUUCCUUUUUUUUUCAUGUUGAUUGCUGGAUGGGGGGUCACCGUGGGUCCUGUCCUGUAGGUUAGCUGCAGCGAUGUGGUUUUGCUUUGGUUUGACCUCAUCAUCCUGUGAACUGCUCCACCAGAGGUUUUAGUUGCUCAUCCAGUUUGUCCUGACUUCAUUUCCACCUCCACUUCUUCUUCAUGCCAGAGAUGUUCUCUACAGAGCAUGUGAAAACAUAUCCUGCCCCAACUGGCUCCAGUCCAGAUGAUGAACCCUUUACCAGUGCCUCAAUAUCAGUCAUGAACACUAUCAUGGCUCAAUUUCACUGCACUUGUCUUUUACAGCAUGGUCAACAUGCAACGUUAAUAUAGUAAAACAGCUCUGACAGAACAGGAAGACAAUGAUUAUUAGCCUAAAUCAGUGGAAACAAAUCCCCUUCCUAUCGUGACAUUAAGAACUUCUCCACUGGUGCCCAUGUUUCAGCAUAUUCUGUCUCAUUAUUUUCUAGUCUGAAAGCUACUUUUUCCAACUUAAUCAUCUCUGUUGCUUCAGUGAUCCAUUCUUUCUGAGUUGGUGCAUUUAAGGCAAUCCAGUUAUCUGUGAUAACCUUCUUCGUGACCAAACAUAGCAAGGGAAAGACGGGGUGUAAUAUAAUAUACUUUAGUACUUUAAAUUGUCUUAGUGUGUUUUUGUGCAGCUGAAGGGUUUCCUUGGAUUUUUCCAUACGUCAUUCCAGGAAACGUCAUCCAUUUCAUUUAAUAUCGUGUAAAAGAUUUGAACUAUAUUUUUAUUGAACAAGUUGUGGUUAAAAAGUAUGUUUUCAAAGUUGUGUGUGUCCUGCAGCUGGGCAUCUUUGUUUCGUACCUCGAUGUAAAAUGAAAUGGGCUCCAGGUAGAUCGUCCCGAUCCACCGCGUGAAGUUUUUCCCAAAACCACAUUUUUGCAGGGUCCUGAACAUAAAGGGCCGUUCAACUCGAUCGAAGGCUUUUUCAGCAUCUAAAGUGCACAGUGCUGCUUUUUGCAUAUUGAAUAAUAUUAUAAUAAUAAUAUUUCCUUGUGUUAUCAGAUGAGUGUCUGUCAGCUUUCCGAUUAUGUGAAGUAAUCUUGCUGACUUGCUUCAGGCUCAUCAUCACUGCCAGACUUGUAGAGGUUUUCAUUAAAAGUCUGUAAAGGUUUUAUUGAUUUGAUCUGGAUCAGUGGUAGUUAAAUUAUUUGGUAAUCUAAUACAAGAUCUGUUUUUUAAGUCUUGAUGCUAGCAACUUUCCUGCUUUCUCCCCGCAUACAUAAAAAUGUUGCUCUCUUUAAUUUGUAUUAAGUUAUGUUUCUUAUAAUAUUUCAUUUUCAGCUUUAGCUUUAGCAUUUUAAAGUUUCCCAUGUCAGGAAUGGAAGUCUUGUUCAUGUCCAUAAAUGUAUGAAAUUAUUCUCCGAUUUGCUUUUUGAUUUCUGGAUCAGCGUUUAGAUCUCAGCGAUACUGAUGACGAUGAAAAUUAAAUUACUUUUAAUAUCAAGAAACCGAAACCUUCUAAACCGGAAGCAAGGUGUGUCUUCUCCGUCAGACUUCCUGUCGGCGCGUCUGGCCUUCGGAAUAAAAGUGGGGAAUUCUAAUUUAGAAAGUAGUUGAAGUGAUCUAGUUACAGGGCAGUGGUGUAAUUUGGUGUUUAACUGUCAUACCUACUAAAUAAUCACGAAGAGUAAUAAGUGGUUCCAGAAAAUGAAAUCAGUGUUAAGCCACACUUCCCUCGUUAUCUGCAGUGGCUGCCAACAACAAGCCAGUCCGAGCUGUGUCCAAAUCAACCACUGUGUAAUUCCCCUUUGAUUGACUUUAAUAAUCUGUACUGCUUUAAGGAGAAAUAGGUCGUGCCCUAAAAGUCAACAGUAACAUUGAAGUGGAUCAGGUCCGGGACGCGAUGAGUAUUUUAUCAAUAAGUUGUGCUUAGUUAAAAGUGUCGCCCCUGCACACUGUCGCCUUAUGCGCUGCGCAAGAUAUUAGUCCGGGUGGCGCUUUUAUUCUGAAGAGUUCGGCCCGGAUAUCCGGUUGUUUUCCGAAGAAGCGCUGAAAAUGCAACAAAACACGAGUCUGGAUGUUUGAAGCCGGAGACGAGCGUUUCACCCAGGUACGAGCAACAGCACGGGGCCUUUUCUUUCGCUGAAGCCCGGCUGGCGUUACGUAGCUCGGCGCCGCCGUUAACGGCUAGCUGUUACUAUGGAAACCGCAGCCUCAAACGUCCGCCGCGGCCGCGGUGUCGCCUGAUAGCGGCUAACUUACUUAGCUAGGUGCGGGGCCGGCCGCCGCGGGAUCUUCUCCACGCGAUGAAACUAUCGAUAACGUCAGGCUGACAGGGAAACACACAGAGCAUGGAUGUCCUUGACAGACUGGAAAUCUACAUCCCAGUGGAGGCGGAGGUGAAAAGCAUCCCUCUGUGGAGCUUAACAAACUCAGUGCUUAGACGAAUGGGCCUCCCCCUGUCUGAGUCUGAGGGCUCCAGGAAGCUCGCAGACUCUCCUGAAGGCAUAUGGAUCUGUCCGGCAGUCAUACGGACGAAAGGCCAGAAACCAGCUUCCCAAACAGGAAACGGUGGGAUGGAAAACGUGUCCUCACUGCUGGGCAGACAGGUUCGGGCUGCGCCGGGUCCCUUCCGAAUGUCUUUUGUCUCCUCCAAUCGCGCAGCUUACAAGGUGCUGAAGGACACCAUGCCUGGGGAAAAGGUCACCAUGCCUGGGGAAAAGGGCUCCGCGCACACACCUCACUCCUCCCCGUUACCUCAGGCCUCCGCGCCGCCGACCUACAAAGACGCUGUUGUCAUCUACCACGGACGCAUUUACCUGUCCAUCAGGAACCCCAGUCGAAACCACAGUGCACGAGAGACACGUGAACCACAGCCAGCUUCCCAGUCUUCCCAGUCCUCCAUUCCUUCAACAUCAGACUUGUCAUCUAAAAGCCGGAAGAAGGUAACUUAACAUUUCAGUUGGUGAUUACAUUCAAGUCACAGCAACAAACCAGUAGAAGAAAACCUUAAACUUGUCAUUUGACAAGUUUACAGCUUUAGCCUUGGACGUGAAACACGAGUCUACAAGAGUAGGUAUAAUGUUUACCAGGUUCACUAUCUUAGUUUGCAUGCUGUCAUUAGUUAGUUAGCACGUAAGUACAGCUGAUGGGACUGUCGUCACGUUUGCACGUAUUUGGUCAUAAACCAAAGGAUGGGACAGUUAAUGGCUGUUGAGAUAUUUCAGUCUAGGCUCAAGUAGCGGACCGGUUGACAUCACCAUAGCUACAGAACUAUGGCGGCUACAGAGCACCUGGUUAGGGCCCCUAGACUUUGGCGACUCCUUGUAGUGGUAUCAAAACAUCACCGGUGCAGACUUGGCAGACAGCACAGCGCCAAAUUAGCUGCGGAUAUUCAUGCUCCUCAGAGGGUGAAAUCUAAUGUGUUCAGUGACUCCCUGACAUCAGACCACUGUGCCGCUUGUACGCAGGACACAUCUGAAUCUAUCAGGCAGAUUUACUGAGCACAUUCAUGCUCCUCAGAGGAUGCACCCCGUUUAUCUGAAUGACUCCAUGACCUUUCCUCUAGCGCCACCCUCAGUGCAAACCUCACACUUUUAGCUCCGCUACGUAGCCUCUAAUAACAGCUGAAUAAUAAGUAUGCUGUUUGGGCUGUGCUACACUUUCUGACUUUUACGUUGCUUAUUGAAAAUGGAAACCAGAUAUAUAUACAGCACGAGUUUGACGGUAUAAAGUUAAAAGCAGAUGUUUGACUGUCAGAAAGACUUUGUGCACAGUAACAUUUGUCGGACUCGUUUAUUGUCCAUGGCGCCAGCCCCCUGGCUUCUGUUGAACCUGCAGACAAAGAACUGCAGAGGAAGAGACAGCGUGUCACUUUGCCCCAGAUCUGCCCGAAACAGCCGAAGGAUCUUCUCACAAAACCAGACAGUCACUCCACCGCAGAUCAGGAGCUGCUCAAUGACAACAGGCCCAAGAAGACCCAAACUACAUGCAGAGUCUCACACAGUGAAAACAGGAAGGACGUUAUGCACAAGGGACGGGACGUAUCCUCAUCCAGGACUCCACGUUCUGUCCCUCAGUCCGCUGACAGUGUGCACAAAGUGGACAGCCGUCGUCACGAGGAUGCUGGAGGAGAGCAGGCUGCAGAAGAAGCACCGGGCCUGGAGCCAUCUUGGUUCCAGCCUCAAGGGGAGCAGGAGCAGGAGGAGGAGGAGGAGGUGGCCAACACUGACGGUGAGAUGCAGGACCUGGGAGGUGAAGAAGCUGAGCGCCCCGAUCCAAACAGCGACAUGGACAGUAAUGUACAAACUGACGGUGGUGAACCUGACAGGAUUGUUGGUGUUGUAGAGCAAAGUAGCAGCCAGACCUGGACCAGGAGAGAGCCUCAUGGGGCAGCUGGUGCCUCCACAUCUCUGCAGUUUGACUUUACGGAGCUGGCACAAGAGGAGAUGAUCGCUCGAAUGAAGGCCAAACUCAGACAGAAUGAGGCGGCUCUCAACAACCUGCACUCCUAAUAAGGACAGCAACAGUCAGCUGCACUUCCCCCAAACUUAAACUCUCGGUAAGUUCGUUAGAAAGCGUUUACAAUUAGGUUCACGUCCUCAAACUGCUGAGGUAAAACUGACAGAGCACAAAGACUUGACUGCAUUGGGUUGUUGUGGCGAUCUUUAGCCUUUGAAGCCGAGAUAUCAAACCAUUAUCCUGUGCUCGUUGCGAUUAUCCGUCUUGAGAAAUGGUUGUCAUAAUGGGAACAUUUUGUGUAGAUUAAUGGAACUUACCUUUGUCAUUUGGCUCUGAGCCCACCGGUCCCCAUCGUCGGUCGACUUCUCUCCUUGCGUUCUUGCGUACAGAAGUCUUGCACCUCGCUGACUUUCUGUCACAGAGCCUGGAAACAGCUGCUCGGCGCCUGAUGCAGCCGCUGCCAUCGCUGCUGUAUGUCCCACCUGGGGAUGAGUUCGUUUCAGUGAAUUGCUUAAAUUUAGCUCAUGUUUGCUUAUGUGCUUGUGCCUCUGAUCAAAUGUCAUUUUUCAUGUUUAACAAAGACUCACUUUUGGCCGUUUAUUGAUUUUUCAAAUGCCAACAUCAUCGGAUAUAUUUCUGUUGCUGCAAAUAUCUGUUUGCAAUAAAGAAGUGUGUGUGUGUGUGUGUGUGUGUGUGUGUGUGUGUGUGUGUGUGUGUACAGGACUGUGUUCUCAUUUAAAGGAGCAUUCAGCAGCUCAGAGAUACAGUGUGUUUAAUACAUGAUGCUGUAAGGACUCCGUCUCCUGUCUCUGAUUGCUUUGACUGAGAUUUGCUUUGUUUGAUUUCUGAGUGAGGUUAAAGCACGGGGGGAUCAGCAGGGUCCCAGAUGCUCAGGGGCCCCGGGCUCACUGUGUUUGCUCAUUCGAUCAAUUGCAAAUUUGUUCAGAACUCACGCUGGUGGUGUCUUCGUAUUGACUUUAAAUGCAAUCACAUCACUGCUAAAAUUCACUAUUGACCAUAUCAACACUUACAAGCUAGCCAGCAGCUUGCUCAUUAGCAAACAUCGUGAAAAUAAGCAAUCUACAGUUUUCUGUAAGUACGUGUGUGACCUUCUGCCGAGCCGCUCUUCUCUUUCUUUCUUUGUAUCUGUAACUUUGCAAUCAUGAUCUCCUCAGACAUUCAUCCACAGCUGACAAAGAUUAAACUUCCUGAUCCAA